UGAAGAAAUAUAGAAGUUGACGUGAACCAGACAGCAGCAGUCAUGGAAGAAAGCUACUCUCUCAAGUGCAGUGAUAUCUAGAACUCUACAGUGUAGUGAAGUGAAGAUAAUUUCUCUGAUAAAAGAAAGAAACUCCAAAUGGAUUACGAAAGGAUCGACAAAAAUCAGGUUUCUACGGGAGGAGGAUUUUCUCCAGCGAAGCUAAGGAGUAUGUUACUUGGGGUAGAGAAGAAGAGAAAGGAAGAGGAACAAGUUGUUUCGAAGUUGUCACUGAGAUCUGAACUGGAUGAGAUUGAGGACAGAGACAAUUUCAAGGAUGUAGAUAUUGUUAGUGAAAUUCCUGGAUGCUCUACUGAUAUGACCGCGGAACGUAGAUUAAAUGAGCAGAAUGUAUUAAAUUCAAGAGUUAGAUCUCAAGAAGAUGGUUCUUUGGAGUAUGAUAGCGGAUACGAUAGUGCAAACAUGUCCUCUAUUUUUGAGUUCCAAAAAUCGGAAAAAGCAGCACCACAUAGAGCUGCUCCAUUCUCAUCAUUAUCAAAACCGGCACCUUCAAAAUGGGAUGAUGCUCAAAAGUGGAUAGCAAGUCCUACUUCAAACAGGUCAAAAACAGGACAAUCCCAAGCUCAAACCGCGGGAUCUCGAAAGACUGGUUUUCUUGGUUAUGGGAGCCGGCAAACAUCAAUGAAGGUUGUAACUGAAGUUCCAGAGCAGAGAUCUUUUGCAAUGGAUGAAGCAGAUACUAAGAGGAUUGAUCCUAGUCAACAAGUUAGUCUUAGCCGGCACGACUCAUCCAUAUCUGUACAUAGCGCAACUACAUUUAUUCCACCUCCAUCAACAGUUAGAUCUGUGUCCAUGAGAGAUAUGGGUACAGAAAUGACUCCAAUUGCUAGCCAGGAGCCUUCUAGGAACGGAACUCCUGUAAGAGCAACAUCACCUACACGAAGUCCCACGUCAUCUAGGCCAGCCUCUCCUGGAAGGGCUCAACCUGUUUCAUCUUCUUUCCAAACAGAAGAUUUUCAGGUUGAUAAUAACCAUGCAGAGUUGUCUGAGAAAGAACUGCAAAAGAAAACUAGAAGAGAAAUAAUGGCACUUGGAGAGCAGCUUGGGAAGCUGAAUAUUGCUGCCUGGGCAAGCAAAGAAGGGGAUGACAAAGAUGCAUCUACUUCAUUUAAGACUGUUGGUGUGAAUCAGAUUCCUAAAAGUGUUGUUGAGACCCGUGCAACGGCUUGGGAAGAAGCAGAGAAAGCCAAAUAUAUGGCCAGGUAUAAACGUGAAGAGAUCAAAAUAGAAGCAUGGGAAAAUCAUCAAAAAGCAAAGACAGAAGCUGAGAUGAGAAAAGUCGAGGUUGAAGUGGAAAGGAUGAGAACACAAGCUCAUGAUAAGCUGAUGAACAAGCUGGCAGCAACACGGCACAAGGCAGAAGAGAAGCGAGCAGUGGCAGAAGCCAAGAGAAAUCGCCAAGCCGCUAAAACUGAACAACAAGCUGAUUACAUUCGGAGAACUGGCAGAAUCCCGUCCACUUUUUCUUUCCGUAGUUGUUCUUUUUGUACAUGAGUUGUGAGAUUCCUUCUUUUUGAAAUCUUCAUUGUAAAGUAACAAUGGCCACAUGGUAUCAUGUGAUUUCCAGGUGCCCAAUUGCCUCCUCAAGCCUUCAACCUGUCAUCCAUGGUUCCCUAGCCAGUCAGAUAUCUAAGAUCCACAUGGUUCCCUAGCCAGUCGAUAUCAGAGAGAGCGGAUCUUACUUACUUAAAAUUAAAGCAAUAUAAUUCACAAUUUGGAUGAAA